CUGGGGGAGUGGAGAGGCGGGUGCCUGGCUCGCGGUUUGACGUCAGCGCUCAGUUGUCACGCACGCGGUCAGAACUCGCUCGGUGCGCUUCUCCCACAGCCGCACUCGCUCCUCGGCAACAGCGCGUGGCGUUAAUUCUAACUUUAUUCCAAGGAGCUUUCAUGAUUUCUGCUCUUCUCCGGCUGUUCUUCAUGUAAUCUGCAGAGCGGCAGGCAUCCUCUGAACCAACGACACUCUCUGCCCUCCUCUGCCCGCUGCAACAUCUCCUCUCGCGGGGCUGUGCUUUUUUUUUUUUCUUUCUCGGUUGGUCCGACGCAAGGAGGCGUGAUGGAGAAGAUGUCCCGGCACCCUCUCCCGCUGAAUUCCGCCUGUCUGCCGCCGAACCCGCAUGGAGUUCUGAAGUCCCUGCUGGAGAACCCGAUGAAGCUACCGCUGCAUCAUGAAGCUUUCAGCAAAGAGCACGAGAAAGAGAAGAACCUGGAGGAGGAGCGCAGUGCCCCCCAGUCGGCUUUCCUUGGACCAACUCUGUGGGACAAAACCCUCUCCUAUGAUGGAGACACCUUCCAGCUGGAGUACAUGGACCUGGAGGAGUUCCUGUCGGAGAACGGCAUCCCGUCCAGCCCGUCUCAGCACCAGCACCAGCGGGACCGGCACCAAGCACACCACGCCCCACCCUGCCAGCCGCCCAUCAUGACGCCGGUGCCGCCCACCCCGGCACGCUCAGUGAUGGACCUCAGCAACCACGCCUCCACCUCCGUCGUGUCCCCCAACUGCCUGCACAGCAGCCCUGUGGCAGCAGGCCUGCCUGACUCCAGAAACACUCCCAGCCCCAUUGAUCCAGAGUCCAUCCAGGUUCCAGUCAGCUACGAACCCGACCCGGCAGACUUGGCUCUGUCCAGCGUUCCGGGUCAGGAGAUCUUCGAUCCACGUAAGCGCAAGUUCUCUGCCGAGGAGCUGAAGCCUCAGCCCAUGAUCAAGAAGGCUCGGAAGGUUUUCAUUCCCGAUGACCUGAAGCAGGAUGAUAAAUACUGGGCUCGGCGCAGGAAGAACAACAUGGCUGCAAAGCGUUCCCGCGACGCCCGGCGGCUCAAGGAAAACCAAAUCGCCAUCCGGGCCUCCUUCCUGGAGAAGGAAAACUCUGCUCUGAGACAGGAAGUCGCUGGCCUAAGGAAGGAGCUUGGACGGGCCAAGAACAUCCUGGCCAAGUAUGAGGCCCAGCACGGGCCGCUGUGAUGCGGGUCUUUGCCCCGGCAUCACACACACCAGCGACCUCCCACCGCAUGCAGUUCUUAUGCCAACCGACGCGAUUCUCCUUAACUACGACGUUAAAUCCACCUCCGGGCUGCAGCUUUUUCUGACGAGGGUUGUGCGUAACAACCGCACGACGAAUCCUUUAUUUCCUUUAAGCAUCAGACUUACAUGAACUGUGACUUUUACCUGCUCUGACUGGAGUCAAAACAUACACACACAUACACACAAUUGUUAAUGACGAUAAUAGAGACUCCGCCCAUGGACUUCUGAGCCCAAGCUCUUAUGCUUCACCUUCGUCCUUUCACUCCUCAUCAUCAUCAUCCUCCCAGCACUUUAGAACAUUGGAUCUCUCCUACAGACUCCGCCCCAUACAGGUGUACUCCAAUAGUACGCCUGUUUAUAUGUAUAUACUUGGCCCUGAAGACUCUGUACACAAAUAAGCUCUCCCCCUCAAGGUCUAACUUUCUCCUCUUUAUAACUGAAGUCCUCAACCAGAUUUAAUGUUUAUGACAUGUACAAAUACAUGGAGCGCAAAAAAAACAAACAAAAGAAGAGAAAUACUAUUUAUUUCAUGCUAGAGAUCUAUUUUUUUAUUGUUUACACCCCCAAAUUAAUGGAAGCUUGCAGGUUAGCUUUGACUCCAUCAGGGAGUGUGUCUUUACACACUUUUAAAAUACAAAAAAACAUGCUUGUUACAAGUAGAACCCAAAGAGAUUCAGCACUUUCUUUCAGCUUGUUCUGGAGACCCCUGGUCGUGAGGGACCCUCAGCAGCGUCUGCUGCUUUAGGAUAAUUUUCACCUCAGAUCCAUUCAUGCAAACACUAUAAGGCUGCAGGAGAGGUUGAGGGUCCUCCGGGGUCCUCACUCAGGUUCACCCACACUGCCGGCCUGGCUGUGAUCUAAAAUAAAAACACUUUGUUUUUGUUCA